AUGAUUGGGCUUGCUGCUGAAAGGAAAUCAGAUGGAAAUCUAAUCGUUGUUUCACCAACCGACGGGUUUGAAUUCUCGAUCAACGAAGAUAUUCUUAAUAUUAAUAUGAUUGAAAUCGGUAGAUUUUGUCGAUUGGACGUUGAAAACAAUGUGCCAACUGCUUUCACUGUUUUGGAAAAUAACGAAAUCGGAGACUUGAAAGUGAACGUGGAGAAAGACAGUGUUGAGGUAUCCGGUAUUACGGGUGUUCUAACCAGUAAACUUGCACUUUUCUAUAAAACGACCGAAUUCGGAGACAUUGCAUGUAAAGAUGUGACUGCGGGAAAUGUAGGAGCAACAUACAAACUCAUCAUUUCGAGACUACCAGAAGAUCAACGUACGGGUAUGUACUCGAAGUUUGUCUGGCAAGGCAUAUCAGAUGGAAUGUUAGAAGGCUCGAAAGAACAAAAAAGAAAAUCACAAACAAAGAAUCCGAGUCUCAAAAAAGGAGAUACUAACAAAAAAGAGAAGGAAAUUAAUAUCGAGAAUGGAACCAAAAAAACGUCUCAGGAAAAACUUCCAAAGUAUAUCACUGGACUGGUCACUGGAAAACAUCCAACUAGUAAUUCGUGUUAUGUUUCCUGUAGUCUCUCGUGGCCUGGUGUCGACGGUACCGCGUGGUAUUCCAAGCGCGAUCAACUAAAAAUCGGUGACUGGGUCGAGAUAAGAUACUCAGAAGCUGACUUUAAUGAGUAUUUCCCACCAACGCCGACCGCAGAAACACCGAAAUUUAUAAUAUCAAAUUACAAAAAGAUCCCGAAACCUGCGAACUACUCAAUUGUUGCUACUAACAGUGGAACGGAAGUGAGAAUCAAGAAAUUUCAAGUGAUUAACGAUCACGAAAAAGGAAAUGAUAUCGAGGAUAGAUUCUUGGGUACGAUUUCAGAUGGCAAGAAGCUUGUUCCCGAUGGACCAUGUGCCGUAGAUGUUGUAAUCAAACGUCGCAAAAUUUUCAAAACGGCGAGUGAAAACUUUACUACCUGGUUCGUAAAAGAGUGCAAAAAGUGUGUGGUGGGAUCUGAGAAAACGGAUAACGAGAGAAGUCCGUCUACGGAAAGCCGUCAGUCUCGAAAGAAAACAUCAGAAAAGAUGAAGAAAGGGAAAGAUGAGAAGAAUGAUUCUAAAACAUCCGAUGGCAAAGGUUCAGUCCAAUCCAUAAGUACCCCACAAUGCGCCUAUCCUCCCGGAAUGCCUUUCGGAGUACCAAUGAACUGGCCAGUUGGCCAUCCAGGACUCGUUGGUUUUGUAGGGGCCACUGGAUCAGGUUUGCCAUUGGGACAAGUUUCACCACCUGGAUAUCCAAAUUAUCUCUUUCCAACGCCACUCAUGCAACCGAUGAAUGGAAUACCUUUGCCUGUCUUUCCCGUUAAUCCUGGUUUCUCAAUGAAAAAUCCGAGUACAGGAAUCGAUUCAAAAACGAAACGAUCAGGAAACGUGUCGCAGAUGAAAGAAGAAGAAGAAGAAGAAGAGAAAGUAAUAAAAAGAGCUGUCGUUACAUCUUUGAUUCCGAAUAAAAAAAAUAAGUACGUGAGUGUGGCAUACUUGUGGCUGCUGGAUGAUCAUGAACAGUCCAUUUUCUACACUCCAGUCGAAAUAAAAUACGAUACCAACAAAGAAAGAGCCAAGAUAUAUCCUGGAUUUUUCUUUGAAGGAUACUUCGAACAAUCCGAAGGAAAAUGGCAAUGCAAAAAGUUCAAAAAACCUCUUGGAAAACUUUUGAGUGGAAUCGUAAACGAUAAGUCAAUUGAGUUCCAGAUGACAGUUCAUCAGUAUUACCCACAAUCGCAAGACCGUCUGAAUCCAGAGACACACCAUGUUCUUAUUGGAAAAAUUAUCGACAAAUUGAAUAUAUUGCCAACUGACUGCUCAUCUGGUGUGAAAAUUUGUAUCAAAAUGUGGAAUCUCAAAGAAAGAAAUUCUUGGUGCUGGGUUGUCUCCAAGGUUUACCAAUCUAAACACAUCCAACUUUUGACAGAAUUCCAUGAAGCAUGGCAUAAGCCUGGGGUACGAGACAUGAUCGGUACAAGAUGUUCACGUGCUUUUCAAUCUAUUCGAAACCUUAUGGAUACUUUAUCAGAGGGAAAAAUCAGUUAUGCGGAAAAUCAAUGGAAGCUCGAUUCAAUGAAAACCAAUGUUGAAACGAAAUUCGCUUGGGUUACUGUACAUGAUUCUGACUUUGUUCGGAUGAUUGUGUUCCCAAGAUCUGAAGGCCAAGGAGUAAACAAGAUGAAACAGAAUGUAACCGAUAAAACCAUUUAUGAGAAAGUGGCAAGAAUGAGAGUCAACAGACUUUACCGAGUUCUUCUAGAUGAUAAAGGCGAAGUCACUCAAAUGCUGGAUUGCCCUCAGUAUUUCUAUGCUGAUAAGGCUGGAGAAAUCGAAUUCAAAUUCAUUUCCUCUGAUCAAACUCUUCUCACAAAUAAUGUCGCUUUGGUUGACCCGAUAGGAAUGCCGAAAUGGUUAGGAAAACUCAUGUUUUGCAAUCCAGAAAUCCCAAUCACAAAAAGGAAAGUAAUCAUGAAAGGCAUGUUCAGACUUCUUGAUGAUAAAGAUAUUUUUGUGAAUGACGAGAUCGUCAGUGAUAAAGGAGUAUGUUUUGUAAAUACUGGAUCAGUAGAAAAGUUGCCAAAUCAAAAUCUUGACGAAGUUUCGCAUGAUGAGGAUCGUGUGUUCGAUCGAAAGAUUGUGAAGCACGAACAGAAUGUGUUCAGAACAAGACUUAGCCACCUGUCGAAUGAAGUCGUUUUUGACCAGUUCAAGCAAGUGUGCAGCAUUUUGAGAAAUAAAGAAGUUAUCACGGAGAUGAAGAAGCAAAAUAUCGAUACCGACAGUUUGGUUAAGCUUCAAUCUACGGCACAUACCUAA